AUGACUUUCUGUAUGCUUUCUUCUGCCACAAUUGCCUCUUCUCUGGCUCAUACCACAAUGGUCCCACCCUUCAUUGGGCUUAAGUCCUAUGUUGUUUUCCCAGUGAUCCGCAAGGCCAAUUCCAACAUUACUUCCAUUGCAAACAACGGAGGAAGAAUCAACUGCAUGAAGGUGUGGCCUCUUGUUGGAAAGAAAAAGUUUGAGACUAUGCCUUACCUUCCUACCUUACCGAUGUUGAACUAG